GACUAGUUGUUAUCUUCACACCAGCGAUGCCGAAAUAAAACUUAUUCGAUGUAUUAUGAUUAGAUUAUCGAAAUAGUCGAUAUUACUUAUCACUCUAGGGGGCUGGGUCGAAAACAAAAAGAAAUUCCUAUUUUAAUCACACAAAAAAAUAUAUUUUAAUUAGCUUUUCAUAUUAUUAAUUAUUAUGCCGGCGUACCAUUCACAAAUUAAAGAGUUCCGCCAGCAGGUCGGCAACAUGGCCAUCUUACCUCUUCGCACACAGGUGCGGGGACCAGCGCCCAGUGCCAACAUUGAUAACGACAUUAUUGAUGAGUCACUUUACUUCUUUAAGGCGAACGUUUUCUUUCGAACAUAUGAAAUAAAGUCGGAGGUGGACCGUGUGCUAAUUUACAUCACGUUGUACAUAACCGAAUGCUUGAAGCGGCUAACACGCUGUACCAGCAAGGCACAGGGCCAACAAGAUAUGUACAGCUUGGCCAUUUCCAAAUUCGAUAUACCCGGCGAGGCAGGGUUUCCAUUGAACGCCGUUUAUGCGAAGCCACAAUCGGCACAAGAUUCCGAUCUGAUGCGCCAAUAUUUGCUCCAACUGCGUCACGAAACUGGCAAUCGGGUUUUGGAGAAGGUUUUUAAUACAGACGAUGGCAAGCCAAACAAGUGGUGGACUUGCUUUGCCAAAAAGAAGUUCAUGGAAAAGAGCUUGGCUGGUCCAGGCCAAUAAUGAGGCAUUUAAUAAGAACUUGUAUUAUGUAUUUAUGUGGCAUUUUUGCCGCAUUCCAUGUUUUAAGUCAUUUGAUUUGCGAUGUUUUAACUUCAAAUAUAUAUCAACUACAUAAUUUACAUA